UCCACUAUUUUUGUCUUUUGGGUUUAAAAUGUCGUGACAGACAGUGAUGUGGCAAUGUACAUCGAUGACGCGUCAGUGUCUCAUACCAAGACAGUAAGCAACACAAAACAAAAUAACAGAACAAAAUAAAACCAAAUCGGAGCAUGAAGUAGCAACAAAGCAGCAUCACUAUUCAAUAUAUUGAAGCUCAUAUAAACCACGUUCCUAAAAUUAGUUUCUUUCAUCUGUGUCGCAUUGCUCGCCCCGUCACUUCUUUAGCCUCAAAGAUGCUGAAACACUGGUUCAUGCAUUUAUUUCCUCACAGCUUGACUUGCAAUGCUCUCCUCAUUGGUCUACCUGCUAAUUCUAUUGCUAGGUUGCAAUAUAUUUUAAACUCUGCCGUUAGACUUCUCACACAUACCAUGCGCUCAGCUCACAUUACUCCAAUGCUGUCUGAACUGCAUUGGCUACCGGUUUCAUUUAGUAUUAAAUAUAAAAUAAUCCUGCUCAGAUUUAAAUCACUUUAUGGUUUGGCACCUUUCUAUCUUAGUGCACUGCUUCUCCCCUACAACCCGCCCCGCUCUCUCAGGUCCUCUGGGCUCGGAAUGCUCUCUGUCUCUAGAUUUGUCUCUCAACCAUGGAUGGUAAGACUUUCAGUGUUGUAGCACCUAAAAUCUGGAAUUCUCUCCCUCGCAAUCUCCACAGCAUCACAUCCAUCUCCGAGUUCAAAUCACAAUUAAAAACGUAUCUGUUGUCUCAGUGUUAUCUGUCCUAAUCUGUUAUAAUACACACAUAAUACAGUGACUGUACUAUGUAUUUCUUUUCUGUGUUUGGUUGCUCUUUGUUUUUCACAUUGUGUGUUUGUGCAUGAUUGUUCACUGUUUAUGUAUCAUUGAAUUGUAAAGUGUCCUUGAGCUCUGGAAAGGCGCUAUAUAAAUUAAAAAUAUUAUUAUGACAGCACAUGGUGCUUUCCUACAACAGAUGUACUAGAUGAGAGAGGCAUUCAAAUGGGUCACAAGUGUUUGUUUCAGUGGUCUAAGAGUUUGGGUGUGUUUUCUUGGGACAGCUAUGAGAAUUGGAGAAAGGUGGACUUCUGACUUGCUCAUGAAGGCAGUUUGCGUCUACACAAUGAUGCAGUACUAAGUCCCGCAUCCCUUCAAAUGAGAAGUUCAGCCAUUAAUAAUGUCAUCACAAGCAGAACAUGAAUACCUCUGUUUUGUCACCUGGAACACAAAUGGUAUAAAGGGUAAAAAAACUUCAAAGUCAUCGGCAAAGAUUUCAAAACUGUUGAACAGCCUCAGUAACCUUCAGGCUAAUAUUGUCUUUAUGCAAGAGACACAUGUUGGACCCAAGUGUUACCAAAUCUUCGAGAAAGUUGAAAAGGAAAACUGGCAUGUAUUCUUCACUGUAUACAGCCCUAAAAGCAAAGGAGUUGCAAUACUGAUAAAAAAAGACAUACCAUUUGAGUACAUAUGCCAUGAUGAGGAUUGCAGUGGGGGUUACAUUGUGCUCUUCUGUUCUCUGUAUGGUGAACAAUACACUCUUGUAAAUGUGUACAAUCAUAAGGAAGACAGAAUUGUCUUGGGUAGACUGAAAGAGUAUUUGAUAGAGACAGCUGUGGGUGUGCUAGUGGUUGGAGGUGAUUUCAACACAGUUUUAGAUCCCAGCUUAGAUCGGAAACCUUCAACUUCAAGGCAUUCACCAUUUAGAGCUAUUUUAGAAGAUUUUGCUGUUUCUCUGAAUCUCAAGGACACCUGGUCAUAUAAAUUCCCAAUUGAGGAGGGCUUCACACGACGUCAAAAGAAGAGUUACUCCAGAUUAGACAUGUUUUUCAUGCCGGAGGACAAAAUGAAACGGGUGUAUGACAUUACUCCUCGUGAACAAGACAUUUCUGAUCAUUAUCCUCUUGUCCUAAAACUCACCGUUCAUAAGCAAACCCCAAAUGUUGCCAAACGGUUGGAGGAACAUAAAUUCAAUUCUGACGUGACAGCAGGGAAGAUUAGUGGAGCAGAAAUAUUGAGUGUGAUCAAGUCUUUGACUAACUCAGAAGAACACAGACUUGAUGAAUUGGAAGUAUGCAACUAUAAAUGGUUACAAUGUUCAAUUACGGGAAUCUUAAAGAUACGCUUCAACAACAUGUUAAUGAACAAAUGUCUAGAUACAUCUUUUGAUGAGUCUUAUUGUUCAGGAGACAGACACAUCUUCAAUGUGAACUAUUUGAUAUUCACUCAAAUUUUGGCCAAGCGCCUUGAUGCAUUCAUUACCCCUUCUUUCAAGGGGAAGAUAGAAAAAAAUCUUCACACCGUGUUCAGCGUGACCUUUGAGACAGGUGAACAAGAAAUCAAGUGGUCUUUCCUGUUAGACACCCUCAACAAUCUAAAACAGAUCCCCUCCACCCCCCCACCAGACUUCGACAUUCUAGACUGCAUUCUUCCUAGCGUCCAAAGCUCUAGAGAACUCAAACGUUUGCGACUUGGCUGUCCUCUCACCAACACUAUCUUAAAUCUGGCUAUAAAGCACCUAGCAGAUCAGAUUUUUGAAUUUAGAUACAAGUGUAAGGAGGACAGACACUUAAGUGAUACGCGUCAUAAGCGCAACUGUAAGGAGAUCAUAUCUAUGGCCACUGUUUGCUAUCAAAGACGAGUUCUGCUCAUACAUACAAAAUUAAAAGAGCAUGAACUGAAUGGUUUCAAAGAUCAAGUGAAAAAUUCAGGGCUUAAAUAUAGACUUAAACAAAACACAACAUUCUGAGCAGAACACAGAGGACUGUCCAGUAUACAAUAUAAGACCAUUAUUAAAACAUAUACAUUCAUUAGUCAACUUUUUUGCAAACUCAAACUGAUGUCAAAUUCACAAGCAAAUAUUUUUUACAGAACUUUUUUAUACUCAGCUUUAUUAUUCCUACAUUUAAACACAGAAUUCGCACUGUUUUUUGGCUCUUCGCUGCUGUAAUUAAGUCAAUUUUGGUGUGGUACAUGUGACACUGCCUCCUAGAGGAGUAUGUUGCUUAUGUUACAUGCAAGUAUUGAUACUUUACCAUGUGCAAGCAUUAGCAUGACUUGCAGAGAUGGGCUCGCCAAAGAAUAAAUCAGCCUUUAAUGAUUAAAAAAAAAUUCCAGAAAUUUGAGUUUUAUCAAAUAAAUAAGACAAAAGGAUGUUAAAAAGUCUGUUAUUAUGAAUAGUAUUAAA